GUGUUGUCUCUCUUCUCUGUUUCUUCUUUCCUCUACCAACUUUUCCUCUCCAUCGCCGGACUCCAUUCUCAGAUCCGUCUUCCUUCCAGUUUUCAAUCCAAGACCUGCCUUUUACCUCGAUCUAUUCUCCUUCUUGGCCAUGGCGUCGGCAAAAGCGGCUCGUCCUAGAGCCAUUUCUGCCAAGGAGAACGGCACCAAAAUCGAGGAAGGCCUCAGCGUCUUCAAGUCCGAUAAGUUCGACGCCGAUGCCUUUGUGCAGUCUAAGUGUUCGCUAAGUGAGAAGGAUGUAAGGCAAUUGUGCUCCUAUCUAUUGGAUUUGAAGAAAGCUUCUGCUGAAGAAAUGCGAAAAAGUGUAUAUGCUAAUUAUUCUGCCUUUAUACGUACUUCAAAAGAGAUAUCAGAUUUAGAGGGCGAGCUCUCGUCCAUAAGAAACCUGCUGUCUACUCAAGCAACACUAAUUCAUGGUUUAGCUGAGGGAGUCCAUAUAGAUUCCUUGUCUGCUAGAGGUUCUGAAGAUUCUACUGCCAAUGGCUUAUUAGCCUUAGAAGAUAGAGAACCUUCAGAUCUGGAGAAAUGGUCAGCUGAAUUUCCUGAUCUCUUGGAUGUUCUAUUAGCUGAGAGGAGAGUGGACGAAGCUCUUGCAUCCCUUGACGAAGGAGAGCGCGUAGCUGCUGAAGCAAAAGAAACGAAUUCAUUGAAUCCCACUGCACUUAUGUCCCUACAGACUGCAAUCAUAGAACACAGACAAAAGUUAGCUGACCAGCUUGCUGAAGCUGCAUGUCAACCUUCUACCCGUGGUGGUGAACUUCGUGCAGCCAUAUCAGCUCUUAAAAAGCUUGGGGAUGGCCCUCGUGCUCAUAGUUUGCUUCUUAACGCAUAUUAUCAGAGAUAUCAGUAUAACAUGCAGAGCCUUCGUCCUUCAAGCACUUCAUAUGGAGGAGCUUAUACUGCUGCCCUCUCACAGUUGGUUUUUUCCGCUAUUGCUCAGGCAGCUAGUGAUUCACUGACUAUUUUUGGUAAGGAACCAGCUUAUACCUCUGAGCUUGUAAUGUGGGCCACAAAGCAGACAGAGGCAUUUGCCCUUCUUGUUAAAAGACACGCAUUAGCCUCUUCAGCAGCUGCUGGAGGUUUAAGGUCUGCUGCAGAAUGUGUUCAAAUAGCUUUAGGUCAUUGUUCAUUGUUGGAAGCUCGUGGCCUGGCACUUUGCCCUGUCCUCCUGAAACUUUUUAGGCCCAGUGUUGAGCAAGCAUUAGAUGCUAAUCUAAAACGCAUUGAAGAAAGCACUGCUGCUUUGGCUGCUGCUGAUGAUUGGGUGCUUACCUUCCCUCCACCAGGAAGUCGCCAAUCUGGCAGGGUUUCUACUGCAUCAAUUAGUAAUACAACAUUUCAGCAUAAACUGACUAGUAGUGCUCAUCGAUUCAAUUUGAUGGUCCAGGAUUUCUUUGAGGAUGUAGGACCACUUUUAAGCAUGCAGUUAGGAGGGCAAACAUUGGAAGGUUUGUUCCAAGUUUUUAACUCAUAUGUGAACAUGCUCAUAAAGGCAUUACCAGGUUCAAUGGAAGAGGAAGCAAACUUUGAUAAUUCUGGAAAUAAAAUUGUGCGAAUGGCUGAGACUGAAGCCCAGCAGAUUGCUUUGCUAGCAAAUGCCUCAUUGUUAGCAGAUGAACUGCUACCACGUGCAGCUAUGAAGCUCUCUCCGCCUAGUCAAGCUAAUUACAAGGAUGAUCAUCGUAGAAGACCUGCAGAUAGGCAGAACCGCCAUCCAGAGCAACGAGAAUGGAAGAGGCGGCUUGUAAACUCAGUGGACAGACUAAAAGAUACUCUUUGCCGGCAACAUGCCUUAGAUCUCAUUUUUACAGAAGAUGGAGAUAGCCAUCUUACUGCAGAAAUGUACAUAAACAUGGAUGGAAAUGUUGAUGAAAUUGAUUGGUUCCCAUCUCCAAUAUUCCAGGAGCUCUAUUCAAAGUUGAACAGAAUGUCUAGUUUGGCAGCAGAUAUGUUUGUAGGAAGGGAAAGAUUUGCUACAUUGCUGUUGAUGCGACUGACGGAAACUGUCAUCUUAUGGCUUUCAGAGGAUCAAAGCUUUUGGGAUGAUAUUGAGGAAGGUCCAAGGCCACUAGGUUCACUUGGUCUACAACAGUUUUAUUUGGAUAUGAAAUUUGUGAUAUGCUUUGCCUCCCAAGGUCGCUACUUGUCAAGGAAUUUGCAUCGAGUUGUCAAGGAAAUUAUAUCUAGAGCUGUUUCAGCAUUUGCUGCUACAGGGAUGGAUCCAUACAGUGUACUGCCAGAGGACGACUGGUUCAAUGACAUUUGUCAAGAUGCAAUAGAAAGGUUGAGCGGAAAACCAAAAGGCGAUCGAGAUCUUAGCAGCCCUACAGCCUCAGUCUCGGCACAAUCAAUUUCAUCUGUCAGAUCUCACGGCAGUUCCUAGGUCUAUCAUUCUACCUAUGUAAAUGUCUAGCAUAUUGAUUCCAAAGUAGAUAUCCAAGAAAAAUCCAUGUACUCACACAGUAAGGCAUUCUCCCCUCUCCUACUUGAUGUGAGUUUUUUUUUCCUUUUUUUUGUUGUUCUUUCUCAGUUUUAUCCUCUUUCAAUUUUCCUCCAUGAUGCUAAAUUUCUGUAGGUAGACAUCUGAAUGGUUAGGAUCUUCCAUUUUUUCUCCUAUUCUCAUUCUUCUUUUUUUCACCUGUUCCUUUCUAAUAUAUAUCCGACUGAGUGAAGUUUGAGAUUUGUAAAUGCUUAUUGCUUUAUUUUUCCAAGAGAAACCAACCAUCUAUUAUUCUUUCGUAUUCAUUAAUUUUCU